AUGACGACCGACGACAUCAUGAUCAACUUUCUGGCAAUUGAAAGCAUGUUCAAUCCCAAGGUUCAGCCCCCUGUGGCGCGACUUUCUCCCGAGCUCUUGAGCAUGGUAUUCGAAUUUUUGGCUCUUCACAAAGACGGACUUCCCCAAGCCUCCGUCUUGAAACCGGCCGUUGCUCGGGUAUGCCGCUACUGGCGCCAAGUCGCACUGAAUACCCCUCAACUGUGGCGCUCCUUGAACCUGUCAGGCCCAAGACUCGCCAGGAGGCUCUGGGAGCGCUCGGACAAUUCUCCGGUCAUCCUGCGCUGGGUGGGCAGCUGGCUCGAGCUCGACCCUGUUCAUGAGGAGUUGAUCGCUUGCAUCAGCCAGCGCCCAGCACGCAUCUCGGCUUUGGCCCUCGAGGGCGAACACUCCCUCAUCGCUCAGAUUCUCGGGCAGUUGCCCUCCGUUCUCCCCUCGCUAGAAAGCCUGUUUCUCAACUCGGACGAGCCCUCGGCGACACUGCUUCCUUUGAACGACAUGCACGCGCCCAGGCUGCGCCGCAUAGACAUCGACGGGAUACCGGUGCCCUGGACGUCGCGCCUUCUUUCCAGCGCCAACCUCCGCGCUCUAACAAUCAACAACCUGGGCUCGGAUCUGCCCCCUCUGCGCUUGGUUCUCAGCUGUUUCGCCGCGCUGUCCAGUCUGCAGGUGCUCGAUUGGGCCGGCGAGCUCCCUGUAGACUCCGAAUCCGAAUCUGCGACGGGCCCGAUAGCCGAGCGUGCCGUGCUCAUGCCCGCCUUGAUAUUUCUGUGCCUCGACGGCAGCGCCGCCGGCUGCAUCACCCUCCUCCGGUACAUCCGGCGCGUACCGUCCGACCGUGCGCGACUCGUCCUCUGCUGCGACGACGCCGGCGAUCGCGGACACACCUGGCAACAGCGUCUGUGGGACGCCGCGCUCGCGCACUGGCACCCUCGCGCGCGCGCUCUCCCCGCCCUCACCCUGCUAACCAAUACACACGCGCUACACAUCGCCGCGGGACACGCCUCCCUGCUCAACGACCAGUACCCGCCGGACUGGAACACGAACCCGCCGCUCAACCUCUGUCUCGGCGUGUCCAACCCGCGUCAGCUGCCACGGAUGAUGCGCGCGCUCGGACCGCGCGUCGCCGACGCGUGCCGCGACGGCGUCCGGACGCUCUUCGUCCAGAACGACUUUCAGCGCAUGGACGGCGCGGACUGGGGUUCGUGCCUGCUUCAGAUGCCGCGCGUGCGCCUGCUGCACGUCGUGGGGCCGCACGCCGCGUUGUCGCUCGCGACGUUCGUGGCCACGGCGGACGCUGCACCGGCGGCCCACAAGGUCGAGGCGGUGCUGUAUCCCGAUGUAAGGCGGGUCUUGUUCUCCGAGAUCCAGUUCGCGGACGUAGCAUCGCGGGCGGGGGUGGCGUGCUGGCAGCUCGCGCAGUGGCUCGUGGACGCGUCGACGCCGAGCGGCGGGAGGCCGGCACUGGGCGCUAUGGAGUUUUACGACUGCGGGGGUAUUACCGAUGAGGAUCGGGUUAUCGACGAAACAACGUACUAG